AUGCAUACCCUAACUCCAAAAAAACAUCCGAAAAAUUUCUUGUCUCCCCACCUUCAAGGUAUCAAAAAACGGAAAUUAUCUACGGUUAAAAAAAACGACGGCAUCACCAUCCCAUCCGGAGCAAACAUUUCCAUCUCCCCAAUGCUGAUCCAUAAGAAUCCAGAAGUGUUCCCGAAUCCAGCAAUUUUUGAUCCUGAUCGGUUUCUACCAGACGAAAUCUCCAAACGGAACGCUUUUGACUACAUUCCUUUCUCAGCUGGACUUCGAAAUUGUGUCGGACAAAAGUUCGCUCAAAUUAAUGAGAAAGUCAUGAUUGCUCAUAUUUUGAGAAACUUCCGUUUAGAACCGUGUGGAGUGACUAAGCCAGCAUUGGAGCCAAUUGCCAGACCGUCUAAUGGAAUUCCAGUCAAAUUGAUAAGGAGAUAA